CGGGCUGUUUACCUGACACUACCGAGACACAACACAACCCUCCCCCCUCCUCCCUCUCCUUCACUACCGCUGUAGCAACACUUCCUUACCGACCGCUCACUCUCAGAGUAUCGGGCUGCGGCCUACAGGAGCAGCAGCAGCUGAGUGUAAUGGAGGACAUGAAUGAUUUGGACUCGCUGUCGGAGUUUGAGAAGUAUUUCACGGUGUUUGAGGGCUCGUCGCAGGAGGACGUAGCUUACGCCAAGGUCUUCUGGAACUCUCUGUCCCUCCAGCCGCCCGUAGAGUCCAGCCUGGUCUCUGUAGACAUCAGACAGCGCCUGAAGAUAGCCAAGACCCCACAGCCCACCAAUAGUGGUUCCAAGCAAUCAGCAGACUCCAAAAAUGAAGAGAUCCUACAGAAGGCUUAUCAGCGACAGAUGCAGGAUGAAAAGAAGAGGUAUAUGGAAAUGGCAAAAAAACGAGAUGAGAUCAUGGUGCUCCUAAAGAAGCAGAGAGAAGAGCGAAUUAAGAAAGAGAUGAUAUCCCUCCAGCACAGACCAAGAAGAUCAGACCAGACUGAAAGGUACCAGAGACAAUAUGAUCCUUUAAAUGUUAGAUUCCUGUGGGGAAACAGUAGCAGAGCAAUGAUGACUUGAAUUGCUUACCAUAAAGGGGCAUGCUGGGUGAUAGAGCCCUGCAUUGAUCGUGCAGAGGCAGAGGCAGUAACCCUAUCCUGACUGGGAAUUUACUGCUAGAGAAAGUGGGAGGGGACGCUGUUUUGCUGAGCCUGCGCCUAUAAAUCACUGCUAAUUGAAAAGAAAGGAAAACAAAUAAGUGGCUAGUCUCUAGUAGAGGAAUCGCUCCAACUUUACAGGUAUAGGGAAAAGUGAUCUGUGUGUUUGUGUUUCUGAAAGAAAAAUAAGAAAUGACCCAAUAUUGUGCACUGAUGAAGAAUUAUGAUGGGGUUUUUCUGGAUGCCAACUAGCCAACUUACUUUGGCAAAUGUGUGAUUAAUGGAGUGUUAUCAGAUGAAAAAUUGAUCACAACUUGAAUAUUGAUGGGAUCUUUAAAGUUUUUCUCUCAGUUGACGAUCCCCGGGGACGUUAACAAGCCACAGUUCGGUCAGGACAGUUCAAGUCUAUUGAUUUACUGUCUUACUAUAUAAAACACUUCUUUUGCUGAUUAAUGUAUGACCAGCUUCACUCUGUAACACUUUGGCUAAAUCACUGUAGACGGCUACUCUGUGGGUAUGAGUUGGCGGCUUAGGUGAGGAUGAAAAGUGCAGCGCUUUCUUUACUGCUGAUAAAAAAUUUCUAGGAUGUGUGUAUCAUUAAAUUAUGUCUGUAUAGCUUGGGGGUGGGGGAUGGUGGGGUGCAUAUCAGACUCCUAUAUAAACGUCUUUACGGGGGUGUGGUACAAUGUAGCAUUGGAUGCCAACACUACAGAUAAGGCCUGGCCCAUGCUACAGAUUAUCAGGCUGAUUCCCUCUUUCCUUUCAAGCUUAAAAUGUCUCCCGAUAUCAGGGUGAUCGUGAAUGAUGAAUUUCCCAAAUGCUCCUGUAGUGUGUGGAGUCAGAAAUCCAAUCUAUAGUCCUCUGAUCUUCUCUCAGUCUGGGCUGCCGCAAUAGUAUAUCGAAAAAAUUAAAUAUGUUUAAUAUUUACAACUCUGUAUCUUAUAGUGUGGGGUGUUCACCAAUACUCUGGUAUGUAGGGUGGAUUUAAAUUUGAUUUAAAUUUUGUUAACUUUACAAUUGGUUUUUAGGUUUUUAGCAUUUAUAGCUUUGUAUGUACAGUAUGUGUGUAUUCACGCUUGCAUUGCACCAAAGCUCUAUAUACAGCUCUAGAAAAAAAAUACUUCAGUUUCUGAAUUAGUUUUUUUGAUUUUGCUAUUUAUAGGUACAUGUUUAAGUAAAAUGAACAUUGUUUUAUUCUAUGAAGUACGGACAACAUUUAUCCCCAAAAUAUUGUCGUUUAUUGCAGAAAAUGAGAAAUGGCUGACAUAACAAAAAGAUGCAGAGUAUUCAGGCCUCAAAUAAUUCAAAGAAAACAAGUUCAUAUUCAUAAAGUUUUAAGAAGUUUUAUUUA